GAUGUUUUCGUGCGUCCCACGAGGUCGGUUGUAUAAGUCGAUCUGGCUAAUGCAAUCUAUCAGUUCUAGAAGUUGUCGGCGGGAAUCUGAAUUUGGUUCUAACGUUUCUCUAAUGGCUGACGCUGUUCUGCAUGAACCGAAAUCCAACGACAACUUUAUUGUUCUGAACUUUUUGUGAACUUGAAUCGUUUUCGAUCAGUGUUCAUCGAUUCUCAUUCGAAACUCAUGACAGAAUCUAUUCGAAAAGUGAACAAAUGUUAUCAGGUUGGAACACUUAUAGAACAAGAUGGUUCGCCAAAUAUCGCCUCUCCUUAAAUGCUCUCGAAAUGUGAUAGUGCAAAACCCUAGUGCCAUUAUGACUGGCGAAAGCACAUGUUUCGGAACUUUUAACCGUAUCGGUGACGAACAUAUCUUGCCGAAGGAGGUGCAUCAGCUGGCUGGCACGUGUGGGCGCCAAAAGAACAAGAUAGACUCUUUCCGUUCUCUCGGGUCUUGUCAAAGACAUCGGCAACCACGACCCAAGAAAAAAAAAAAAAAUGGAGAGCUGAGCGCUGAUUUGGAUUAUUCAAUAGGAGGAUUCAUAUGCAGCAGCUUGGCGCGCCCUGUAUGACCUAACUGACCGCAGCCGAGUUGUGUUUUCUUGUUGGUUACGUGCGUGUGCAUUACGUGGACUCUUAUACGACCAAGAAAUAAAAGGAAAACAUUAUCCGAAGAAUAAUUCAUUAUCCGUGUGAGGUGAACGGAGACAAACAUGGUUUGGUGCAGAAUAAUGGACUGCUUCGUUCGAAGGAUGAUCUUAUCUCAUCAUCCGGCCGCAACAGUCAUGCUUUAUUCAGGGCUUCUCAUUUUGAGCAUUGCGAUGGUCAACGCCAGCCAAUCAGACACAAACUGGCGGGAUGAUAAGCCGCUUCAACAACAGCGACAAUUGCGAGAUCAGAGCCGCGAGCAACAGCAUCAGGAUGAAGAAUACGGAGACGAUUCAUCGUCAGCCAUUGCAGCUGAACAGCAGCGGAUUCAGGCUCAAGAAAUGGCUGCCUACCACAAACGAUUGGCGUCGCUGCCGUUGCCGGAAGCUCAGAAGCUUACGCAAAUCGACCUGAAGCACAGCGACAGUCACGUGACGGCCCAAGUUGGACACCCUGCUUAUUUGAAAUGCGCCGUCAGUAAUCAAGGCGAUCAAUUGGUUUCCUGGGCUAGGAGACGAGAUUGGCACAUUUUGACUUCAGGUCGGCACGUUUUCACGGCAGACGAACGCUUUCAAAUUUUGAAGCCGGUCGAAGAUCACGAACAAUCGCUGCGUCCUAUUCCGCACCAGCCCAAUUUGACCGAGUGGAUUCUACAGAUCCAGUUCGUCCAGCAGCGCGACGGUGGCUAUUACCUUUGCCAAGUGCCGACUGACUUGGGUUUAGUAUCACAUCAAGUUCAACUAGAAGUCCUCGUUCCGGACGUGUUCAUCCUGGGGCCAAAAGAUCUCAUCGUCGACCGGGGAACGACUCUCAGUCUCGUCUGCAUCGUCGAAAAUAGCCCGAUCCCGCCGGAUUACGUCUUCUGGUUUCACAACGACAUGCUGCUGAAUUUCCAACCGAAACGUGAUGGAGUCAAAGUCGAGACGGACUACGGAAGCCGAACGCACAGUAAGCUCGAGAUCAAGGACGCCAACGAAUCGGAUACGGGCAACUACACCUGUAGCACGUCCAGCGGCAAGCCCUACUCCAUUUACGUCCAAGUUCUGGCCGGUGAUCAAGCGGCAGCCAUGUCUCGGAAGAACAGCGCGCAAGGCCACAUCUCUUUUCCUGGUUGCGCAGUCGGCAAUCAACUGACAUUGGCUCACCUGUUGGUAGCGGUGCAUCUUAGUCUCGCCUUGAUUCACAUCGGCAGAUAAUUGCCAUUAAUGUUUGAAAAAGGAAAGAGGAAAUGUAAAAAUCAUUCUCGUCUGCGUUCCAAUUAUGAUUAGGUAUACCUGCACCACCCAAACAGGACCCUCAGAUAAAGAGGAAGGAAGACGAGAAUUUUGUCUACAAGUAAGUGGGAAUUGAACAUUGACUGUCAAUUGUUUGGGUCACUAUUUAGACAAGAUUUACCUGUUGAUUGAUGAACAAAGAAAACUCACGUUUCCGAUACUUGAUGUUCCCCGUCAUCAAACGAAAAAAUUAUGAUCUGUGAAUGACGUUUUUGCCGUGAUUUCUCUUUUAGAUUUUUCGUCUUUGACCAGAAUUUUCCUAUUGCAGUUUCUCACAUCUCUUCAUCCUAUCCGAUGAAAGUGCUCACUGGUCGAGCUCCAACAGCCAAUUUGAGGUUUAUGUUGUAUAAUUUGUACUGUGUGUACUUGCAACUCUUUCCAGGACAAAAACAAAACAAACAAAAAACAAAACAAACAAAAAACAAAACAAUACAAAAAAACAAAACAAAAAUAAACAAAUAAAUAAAUUAAAAAGGAUAAGUUGCAAACAAAUAAAGUGAAAUUCAAUUUAGGCCGCACGUUGUUGCGGGCACCUGACUGUGUAAUGCGAGUCAGGAGGAGGUUGUGUGUAUUACUAAAGGAAGAGAAAACCAAAAAAAAAGAAGGAUGGAACAUGUAAACUAGCCUACAUCGUACAAUUAAACCUUCGGCUCGUGCUUUUCUCAUCACAAAACGCUCGAUUUUUUAUUGAUUAAAGUGUCCUCCAAAAGACACGUCAUCACACCUUGUCCAUUCCGUGUGAUUUCAACAGAAAAUCGAUGCAAUUGCAGUUCUUAAUCACUGAAUCAAUACCCUAACCUUAUUUUUCAAAGUGUCAGUGCAUCAUUCGUAUUUAAAUACUUUAUAUAUACAGUAUAUAUAUAUAUGUAUGCAUACAAUAUGUACUGACUGUGUUGAGUAUCUACUAUAACUGAAUGUGUUUUUUGCUUGCGAUUUGUUUCUAUUACAUUUCGUGGAAAAAAAUUCUACCCACUGCAGAGAAAGCAAUUGGUUCUUGAGGAAUGUAAAGGUCGGCGAAUAAAUGAACAGUUUUCUAUUGUA